UAAAUUUCAGCCCUAACCCAAAAUGUAGGGUUUUCUUACGCAAAUUGAAACUGGAGGGUCAAUUUCUCCCACCACCACCACCAUUGUAAGGCAACAAUCUUAACUUGUAAUCCUUCUUCAUCAUUUCUUGUUUUAGUUAAUGCGUGUAUUUCAACAUUUAUCUCCAUCUGAAUUUGAGUUUUUCAUAGUUUCUUUCGGUUCAUUUAAUUUCCGAAACCAUCGAUGUUCAACUGCAAAAAGAUAUUUGCCUGUAGUCAAGCUAUUGGGAACUGGUCUAUAAGAAAUUUCAAUUCUGCUGCUUCUUCUUCUGCUUUAAAAUUCGAAACGGGUAAUCACUAUUCUAUUCUUCAGUCCAGUAGUUUUCAGCAUUGGUUCAAAAAUUGGAACGAGCUUCGAAAGCAUAAGUUAACAGCAAGUACUUUUGCUGGGGCAAUUGGGUUUUGGCCUCGUCGAAGGGCUCAAUUAUGGUUAGAGAAACUUGGGGCAAUUGAUCAAUUUUGUGGUAAUCUUGCUACUUGUUGGAGUAACAUGAAAGAAGAAGAAGCACUUGAAAGAUACAAACUUAUUACUGGAAACUCUGUUUUGUUUCCUGAGUUUCAAGUCUAUGGUAAAGCAAACUCUGUAGAUGAUUGGUUGGCUGCUUCACCUGAUGGUGCAAUUGAUAAGAUGAUUUAUGGAUUGCCUUCACGAGGUGUGUUGGAGAUUAAAUGCCCAUUUUUUGAUGGUGAUAUGAGAAAGGCUUCACCAUGGUCACGAAUUCCUCUUUACUGUAUUCCUCAGGCUCAAGGUUUGAUGGAAAUAAUGGAUAGAGAUUGGAUGGAUUUUUAUGUUUGGACUCCUAAAGGUAGUAGUUUGUUUAGAUUGUAUCGAGAUGUCGAGUAUUGGGAUGUCUUGAAAAUCGCUUUGUCGGAUUUUUGGUGGAAGCAUGUUCAACCGGCAAGGGAGAUGUGUAGUAAAUAUGCCAUUAACAAUCCCCUGAUUGAGCUCAAGUCUCUUAGGCCAUCACCCAAGCAUGAACUGUGUAGUUAUAUAGUUUGUGAGAGCAAACGGGUUGUUGAUAAUUCUAAGUUGCUCUUGCGUGAAUUUGAUGGCAGACUUCAAUACUAAUGCAUUGCAUUGCACCUAUUGACAAUGUCUUCAAUGGCUAAGAUCAUAAUUAUGAAUCUUGGAUUUAUAGUUUCAGAGCUUGAAGGAGUUCAUGUUAACAUGAAAAUUGGGGAAUCUCAACAACGAUGCAAAUGUUGUCAAACCAAGCAUAUCUUGAGUUUGACUCGACAUCCUACUCGUGCUAGAUGAAGGGGUGUGGAUCUUCUGAGAGGGUUAGACACGAGUGCCCUAUCCUUUUGCAUACAAUGUCGGCCUCUAGCCACGUGCUAGGAAAGUUUGGCAUAUGCGAUCGUUGCUUAGAAAUGUACCAGACAUGCCGUGGCACAUAUCUCAGGGCGAAGCUAUGGUUCCCAUGGAAAAGCAAGGAUUAUUUGGAUCAAUAUUGUCUACUCUUAUUUUUUGGGUAGAACUUGAUAGGAGAGGAACUAGAGGAUCUUUGAUAGCAUCAGUUCCCAAUCCUUGUGGUAAGAAAGCUUCAAAACUUACUUAUUUUGCAAGUGCAGAUGCUAGGUGGUUUGUUUAUUUAUUAUUUUGAGUUUUGGAGUCACCUUGUUACGUAAAUUCUUAGUGAGUUUGUUAUUUGUGUUUUUGAUGGCUGUUGACGUCUUUUAUUAUGGACUUUGCCCUGCUCCAUGAUUUGUCUUAAGAGGACAAAUAUACUAAGACACAAAUAUACUUUUUGGUUCAUGAGUUAAGAGUGUAUCUAUUUAAUCUUUGAAAUUUUAAAAUGAAUACUUUAGGCUUCAA